AUGAGUGGCGCUGCUGUCGAUGCGGCGUUCGUGAUUAUAUUGGAGGAGCAGUCAUACCGCGAGGAGGAAGAGAUGCGCAAGGAGGCCGCAGCAGAGAGACUGAAACGCGAGACUGACAAGACCUUCGUGGCAGGUGAUGUCAAAAAGGGUGCCGGAUUGUUCAAAACUCGUUGCGAACAGUGCCACACCACUGAAGAAGGACAGAACAAGAUCGGUCCCAGUUUGCAUGGUCUCUUUGGACGGAAGACUGGCCAAGUCGAAGGCUUUUCCUACACAGACGCAAAUAAACAGAAAGGAAUCGAAUGGAAGGAAGAUACUCUGUUUGAAUAUCUUGAAAAUCCCAAAAAAUACAUUCCUGGAACAAAGAUGGCUUUCGGUGGUCUGAAGAAGGAGAAGGAUCGAAACGACCUGAUCACUUGGCUUCGAGAGAACACCAAAUAA